AUGUCACACCGGGAAGGCUAUCACUCCGAUCAAUGGGCGAGACCAGGACACGAUAGGGAAGACCUCGCUCCUUCCCGCCACCCACAUGAAGCCUCUUCCCGAAGUCCUCAUAAACCGUAUCCCGAUGACCAUGGCAUCGCGCCAUUUGCCUCUCGCCCUGUGUACACGGAUGCGUACAGCACGGCCUCUCCAAGCUCACUCUACGGAUUCUCUGAGGAGCGUGCAAGUCUUGACCCCAGGGCUGUUGGACCUUUGCAACAAAUCAUUCCGCCAUACCGAGAUGAGAUUAUGGACAGGAAUCGCGUUUUGGCUAUGCCUCCUCCCACAAGAAGGCCUGGGUCAUAUGAGCCUCCAGAUCGGCUGGAGACUUUGAGCCAGGCGGCGCCGCAACUCUCAAGGAUUCCGACCUCAUUUCAACAUCCCUAUUCGCACCCAGAGACCGGGAUGGGAUUCAAUGCAGUGAGAUCUCCUCCAGGGUUAACGCGUCGCAUGAGUUGCCAGGAUUUAAACCAAAGACCACCCUCUUCGGCAGGCAAUAACCCAUGGGAAACGGAGUAUACAAUUCCACAGGAUCGUGCUGAGUACCUGGAUGAACGAGUUGCUUCAAGGGAAGCGGCCAUACUGCCCGAACCCAAAGGAUAUGAGAGACAGCCAAGGAGAUUCCGUGGAGGCCGAGAUGAGUUUGCUGAAGGCCAGGUUCAGCAUUUGCCCAAGAUUCAAGUCCAACAGGCUCGGGAACGAGACCUGGAUUACGAGCCAAUCAGCCUAGACCUUCAAGAACAGAACGACAUCCUGUCUCGCGUGAACAGACGUCUUUCCCAAUGCGCUUUUGAUUUCAUUGCCAUGUACCAAUUCCCGAUACCACUGGAAGCUGGAAAGCCCAUGGUACGAGUUGCCACUGAUAGGGCUUGGACCGAGUGGGUGUAUCUGCUGAAGAGGCUGGCUACUAAGCGUCGUAUACCUUCAAAGGCAAUCUACGAUGGUCAGAUCAAGGAGCUAACAACAUUGCUGGACAAUUCCGUGGAGAUGCGUCACUCUACCAAGCCUCAGUCGAGACCAUUAAAGGAUGAUCGUCAUGUACUCCAACUGAUUUCCGCUGGUAUCCAAGUGGGAAGAAUGCUCAAGGAUGCUACUACCAUGGACUAUCUGGACAGACUCUACAAGGACACAGAGGCCCUCGUCCAGCAGCGAAAGAGCAUGCCCAGAUACCCAAGGUGA